CGAAAUUUGAAUAACCAAAACAAAAAAGAAAACUAUUUCUUUCAUUCCAUCUAUCUUUCUUGCAAAAUAUAUAUUUGUUGAACAAAUAUCUUUCUCUAAACAAUCUUCUUUUAACAAAAUGGGUUUACCAGUUACCGACCCGAUGACCCAACUAAGCUUACCUCCGGGUUUCCGGUUUUACCCGACUGAUGAAGAGCUACUGGUGCAAUAUCUUUGCCGGAAAGUGGCCGGACAUGAUUUUUCUUUACAAAUAAUUGCUGAUAUUGAUUUGUACAAGUUUGACCCAUGGGUGUUACCAAGUAAGGCUAUGUUUGGUGAAAAAGAAUGGUAUUUUUUUAGCCCAAGAGAUAGAAAAUAUCCAAAUGGGUCAAGACCCAAUAGAGUAGCCGGGUCGGGUUAUUGGAAGGCUACCGGAACAGAUAAGGUGAUCACUACUGGAGGAAGGAGAGUUGGGAUCAAGAAAGCUUUGGUGUUUUAUGUUGGAAAAGCUCCUAAAGGCAACAAAACUAAUUGGAUCAUGCAUGAAUAUAGGUUAUCCGAACCACAAAGGAAAAAUGGUAGCUCAAGGUUGGAUGAAUGGGUGUUAUGUCGAAUUUACAAGAAGAAUUCAAGUGCACAAAAGGCGAUUUCAGGAGGAGCUCAAACAACCGAACAAAGUCAUGGUUCAUCUUCAUCAUCAUCAUCUCAAUUCGAUGAUGUUCUUGAAUCAUUACCUGAUAUUGAAAACCGGUUUUUUAACUUGCCAAGGGUUAAUUCCAUCAAAAGCUUCCAACAAGAGGACCAAAAACUAAAUCUACAAAAGUUUGAUUCGGGCAAUUAUGAUUGGGCUAGCAUCGCUGCAUUUGGGCUGCCCGAGCCCAUAUCCGCAACUCAAGUUAAUACUACUACAAUGACAACAAAUGCAGCUCCUACAAUGGCACCUAUGUACACAAUGGACACAAAGUUUGGAAGAUCAUUAGAAGAUGAAGUUCAAAGUGGAAUAAGAAGCCAAAGGAUUGAUAAUUCGGGCUACUUUCAAUCGAAUUUGAGCCCGUGGGGUCAGACACAAAAUGUAACAAACACGAAUGACCCGUUUGGCAUUCGAUACCCAACCCAACAAGGGGGGUUGAGUUUCGGACAAUGAAAGCUAAGUAGAGGGGGUGGCGUGUAAAUAUAUGAUCUAUAGGGGGCUAUUAUUGAAGUGGGAAUGGAACCCAAUUUUUGAUGGAAAUUUAAUUGGAAAAAGAAGGAAGAAAAAAGGAAAAAUUGAAGUUGGGGAAAUUAAUGAAGGAAUAGCAUAUUCAACGUAGAUACUCUCUCUCUCUUCUCUUCUUGUUGUUACAAUGUAAUUUCACUUGGAGAAUAGUAUUAGCUUUUCAAUU